AUGCCGCUCUCCGUGUCGGACCGCCGCACGGCGGUGCGGCAGUUCGUGGCGGACCGGCACGGCCGGCCGGAGGACAAGCGCCUGGACGGCGUUCGUUCGAGGUCGACGCCGUCGAAGGCGCCGGAGAUCCUGCGGGGCGAAGAGGUCGCCGAGCGGCGGCAAGCGGCGUUGGCCCGGGUGCGGCAGCGGCGGGCGGAACGGGCCCUGGAGACCAAGCUGACAAGUGCUCCGGCCUCGGCUCAGACCUGCUGCAGCCGGGGAGCCGAAAGCUUCGCGUCCAGCGAAGAGCCGCAGCUGCUGCAGCCAGCGCAGCUCACUGCGGAUGUCGAAGCGUGCAGCUCACGCCCAUCUCGGUCCGAGAGGCAGAGUGCCGACCGGCUGGAUCGGUCUGACCGGUCUGAACCUAUUGACCUGUCAUGGGCUGCCUUGAAUCACAACGUGGGAGUUCCGUUGAAAUGUCCUGAGCCCAAAGUGCCAAAGACUCUCAUCGUGGCUCCAAGCUCUCCGUCCCAGGAGGGCUGGGUGCCUCCACCACGGCCUGCCAUGCCAGAGAUGCCAGGCAUCAUUUCAGGUCCAUUGGAUGCUUUGGAUCCACCAAUCUCCAGAAAGGAAGCUUUUGAUGAGACGAUGGCCAUGCUGAGGUAUCCGUUGGAUCCAAUCUCAGAAGGCCUCUUGAAGGAACUCGUUUUGAAGGAUCUUGAUGAGAACACCUUUCUGUUGAAGGUGAUUCUUGAUGGAAAGAAGCUGGAUAGUGUUGGAUAUGGUAAGGGCGAUGGCACGGAUCGAGUUCGCUAUUGGAAGAAAGUCACGGUGAACCCCGCGGCGAUGUCCAUUUCUGUCGUCGACUAUGUCAAUGACGGCGAAAUGGGAGCAUGGAUCACCGAUGCCAAGGAAGAGGUGGUGUCAACUUGUUCGGUGAACUUUUUGGAGGACCCUGUCCAGAUUGAGUUCUGCCUUGACAAGGAUGGUGAAAGACUUGCAUCACCAGAACACAGAGAUGGCAUGUAUCCUUGGACGGAUGCGAUCGUGGCAAACAUCAUGAGCUUCAAGAAUGCCAAGGUGAAAGUGCGGCCCGAUGCUCCAUCGAUUAAAGAGAAAGGUCUCAAGAGUUUAGUCUCCGAGCCCAUGGACGAGCACGUGAGCUACGAGAGCUUCUUUGCCCAGCUGGUCACUUCUUCCAGAGAGGCCCUGUCAUCGGUCCGGGCCUCGUGA